CGGUUUCUCAUUACAGAAAAAAUCAAGAAGGAGUUUGGAUGUUCGAAUUGUUUGACAUACAAAAACGGAAAUGAUGUCGUCAGGAAUAUAGAAAUUAUGAAAGCAGGAGAAGAAAGCUACAAUAAACAACAUAGUGUUUACUGUUUAUAGUCCCGGCGUGCUAUCUCCAUAGCAACUGACGUCAGACUAUUACUGUGGUGGCCAUAUUGUCACGCGGAAAUUAUCUCUGUGAAAACGUGAGGAAAAUUUGUGACAUUCCUUAAACCAAGUGCAUGAAGAUCAAAACUGCUCUAGAGAAAGGCAUCUGUUAACACAGUGAGAUCCAGUUUAUUUUAUCUUUCAUGCCAAUAUGAGUUACGGAAGACCUCCUCCACGCAUAGAUGGCAUGAUUUCUUUGAAAGUUGGAAACUUGACGUACAGAACAACCUCUGAGGACCUCAGGCGCGUAUUUGAAAAAUUUGGAACUCUUGGUGAUGUUUAUAUCCCUAAAGACAGAUACUCCAGAGAAAGCAGAGGAUUUGCUUUUGUAAGUUGGUCGCUGAGGUAGGACGUGUUUUGUGCGCCGGUGCUGGUGUAAACGUAGAAUUUUUCGAAAUUCCGUGAAAACAAAUACCGUGGUGAUAGUUUCUUUAGAUUUGAGUAUUCUGAUUGGCGACAAUGAGUUACGGAAGGCCACCUCCCCGUAUUGACGGGAUGGUUUCCUUGAAAGUGGAUAAUUUGACCUAUCGAACGACGCCUGAAGAUUUGCGUCGCGUUUUCGAGAGAUGCGGCGAGGUGGGCGAUAUUUAUAUUCCACGUGAUAGAUUUUCUCGAGAGAGUAGAGGAUUUGCCUUCGUGAGGUUUUAUGACAAGAGAGACGCUGAAGAUGCAUUGGAUGCAAUGGAUGGCAGAAUUCUAGAUGGAAGGGAACUUCGUGUUCAAAUGGCACGUUAUGGAAGACCAUCAUCUCCAUAUCGCCGUCAUAGCCGUCGGAGGAGGUAAGGAUAAUUAAUUUUUUUGUAGUGUAGUAUUAUGUAUCUUGUGCUAAUCUAUUUUGAUCUUCCAGCCGCUCUAGAUCUCGCUCUCGCCGUCGUUCAUCUCGAUCCAGGAGCCGCUCACGUUCCAGGAGCCGCCG